AUGUUAUCCAGCAAAUUUAACACAAGUCAUCGUUCUAUUAUUAAACGACAGCUUCUCAGAAUCAAUUUUGGUGGUCUUGAAAAAAAUCCUCAAAUCAGUGGGACUGACAACAAGGUGACUUAUGGUAACGAAGCAAGUCCAGAACAACAAACAACAUUACUUCGUAAAGCUGGUGAUCAGGCUGGAAGAAUUUUAGAAGGUGGGACAGAUGCCGUGAUUGCUCCUGCCAAAUGGCUUGCCCAUAUGCAAGAAAACUGGUUAACAUACAUAGUAUGUGCUACUAUAUUAAUGGUUGGUAUUCUAUUCAUCUACUGUUGUAUUCGACGAAAGAUAUCAUCACUUUUCAUGCCAUCACCUGCAGGAUCAACUUUAUCUAAAAUGAUUCGAGAUGAAGCCAUAAAAAUUGCAACAUUUCACCGUGGUAUUCAAAACAUAUGA